AUGUCUCCUUUGAGUACAACAGAAGGCAUCAUUCCGACCAGUUCCAUCAAAGGCCCUGCGGUCCGUCUUAACACUGACUUUUUGGGCAACAGACGCAUUCCAAAUGAAGGGCAAGGGUCCAACAUGCGUCACGGCAGCAGCAAUUCCUCCAUGACCGCAGAAGAGGCCACAAGAGGCGUUGCUGUGGAGAAAUUUGACAUCGUGAAGAAAUGGGGCCUGAACACAUACAAGUGCACCAAACAGAUGAUCUCUGAGAGGUUUGGCCGUGGCUCACGUACUGUGGAUUUGGAGCUGGAGGCUCAGAUCGAGGUUCUGCGGGAAACCAAACGGAAGUAUGAGAACAUGCUGCAUUUGGCGCGAGCGCUAACCAACCACUUUUACAGCAUGGUGCAGACGCAGCACGCCCUCGGAGACACUUUUGCCGACCUCAGUCAGAAGUCUCCAGAACUUCGGGAUGAGUUCGGAUAUAAUGCAGAAACACAGAAGUUGUUGUGCAAGAAUGGAGAGACUCUGCUCGGUGCCAUCAACUUCUUUGUGUCCAGCAUCAACACACUGGUGAACAAAACAAUGGAAGACACAUUGAUGACUAUCAAGAUGUAUGAGAAUGCCAGGCUCGAGUUUGAUGCGUACAGGGCAGAUCUGGAAGAGUUGAACAUGGGCCCACGGGACGCUGUUACUAUGGCUCGUAUCGAGGAUGCUCAGCAGCUGUACCAGAUCCACAAGGACAAAUAUGAACGUCACCGCAGUGAUGUCAGCAUCAAGCUCAAGUUCCUGGAAGAAAACAAGGUCAAAGUGAUGCACAAGCAACUUCUGCUGUUCCAUAAUGCCAUCUCUGCCUACUUUGCUGGAAACCAGCAACAGCUGGAACAGACCCUCAAGCAGUUCAACAUUAAACUCAAACCACCAGGGGCUGACAAACCUUCUUGGCUGGAGGAACAGUGAAAUGCCCGUUUACCCCUGGCUUCCUGUUACAUGUCUUUAGCCACACAGAGCAACCCAGUAGGACCGCAAGAGACCAGCGUUCUGAGAUGCUAGUAGAGACAGGGGCUCCAACAAAGCCUCCUUCACACUAGCUCUCUCUGUACUUCUCUUCAUUGAUUCUUCUCCUCCUCCUCCUCAACCGGUUCUUGCUCUGAGACUCUUUUCAAGUGUCUGAAUAGUUACCUCUAGUAUGUAACCGGUCCUUAAGGCUCCAAUCAAAUGUCAGAGGUAUCAGUUUCGGCUUCAUCCCUGUAAAUAUCAUUAAACCAACUGAAACAAUCUUUCUGAUAUAUCAGUCAGAACAGCUUUUUUUCCAGAUUUUGCUCAGUCUCUCUCUCUCUCUCUCUCUCUCUCUCUCUCUCUCUCUCUGUCAGU